AUGGGAUGGGGACAGCCGUUUCAGUCGCCCUGUAGUCACCCAGUCAAUCCCAGCGGCGACAGUGAAGGCAGUGGCAGUGCAGGCAGCAGCACAGCGGAUCCGAUUGUCAGCAGCUGCUGCAACGUGUGGGACCUGCAGUCACUUGAGCAGCGCAUUCUUAGGGCAGCCAAGCCGCAAGCCGCCGAAUCACACACAGGCGCGCAAGGGAGCCCUCCGUCCAUUGUGUUGCUAGACUCGCUGGACCCCUUCCUGCGCCACAACACGCCAGCAGCCCUGCUCGCCAUGAUCGCACGACUGCAGUGGCAUGGACUCCUCCUCCUCUCCCAUGCUGACGUCACCCCGCCAGCUGUCACCUCCUCCUUGCGCCACAUGGCGCACGCACUCCUCUCCCUGGAUCCACAUCCCGGCCACUCCCUCCUCCCUCUCUCCCUCCUCCUCUCCUCUCCAUCACUCCCUCAUCCCUCCUCUUCUCAUCACCCAUCGGGAAACUCAGUUGUCACUUCUGGCAUGAGUAGCUCUAGCAGCAGCACAGCUGGCACUGGUAAUAUCGGUGGGAGGGGCAGCAGCGGCAGGAGCGAGAGUGGUGGCAGCAUGGGUGUGGAAAGUAUGGGAGAGCGGCACGUGCUACCGGGAGGGAUACUGGUGUUGCAGCAGAAGAGGGCUUCGGGGAAAUUCCGAACUGCGCUUGAGGAGUUUCAUUUCGACCGGCAAGGAGCAGUGCACAUCAGCGCACAGACCAAGGGUUUUGUGCGCACACCGCAACCACCCACCGCGCCCAGUGAAUCUCCUGAGACCGCGCCUCAACCCACAGUCGCUAGCGACAGCAGGAGAGACACCUCUAAAGUACCUCCUGCAAACGUAUCCCUGCCAGAGCAGCAGCCUGCAGAGGGGGCACACAGAGGGGCGACAGGGAGAGGGGAGGCUGCAGGCGUGGAGCCGAUCAGGACGAUUGGAGAUCGGGCGCCAGAGGUCUCGUUCCGCUUAGAGCUGUCUGAGGAGGAACGGGCUGCAAGAGAGAAAGUGGUGCUGCCUUAUGAACACCGAGGUUGGUACAAGCUUGGAUUCUGCCCGAACGGCCCGGAUUGCCGCUACAGACAUUUAAAGCUGCCCGGCCCGCCCCCUCCUGUGGAGGCCCUAGCUGAAAAGUUUCAGCUGCAGCUGCAGCAGCGCCCGCCCUUCCACUUCGCGGGGGGGAUGGGGGGCGGGGGAGGGGGCAUGGGGGGAGGCAUGGGCGGAGGCAUGGGGGGAGGCAUGGGAGGAGGCAUGGGGGGAAUGGGGAUGGGGAAUGGGGGGUCAAUGGGCGGAGGCAACAAGCCUGUGCGGUUCUUUUCUGGACCUGGGGGGGUGGAGCAGCAGGGGGGCGGGGGGAUGGGCGCACAUGGCGGAGGGGGGAUGGGGGUAGCGGGAGGCAUGGGGGGAGGCAUGGGGCAAGGCAUGGGGCAAGGGGGAAUGGGACCAGGGGGGAAUAUGGGGUCUGGGGGAGGAGCAGGUGGGGGUAUGGGCGGAGGCGGGGGAGGGGGAAUGGGGGGAGGAGGGGAGAUGGGGCAAGGGGGGCACAUGGGGCAAGCAGGCGGGGGAGCAGGGCCUGCUGGGGGGAUGGGCGCAGGCGGAGGGGGGAUGGGGCCAGGCGGAGGGGGAAUGGGGCAAAGCGGAGGGGGAAUGGGGCAAAGCGGAGGGGGAAUGGGGGCGGGCGGAGGGGCAGGGGGUUCAGUUGUGAAUCAGCAAGCGCAGCAAACAGGGCAGCAGCAGGGGCAGCAAGGGGGGCAGGGGGGGCAGGCGCAGCAGGGGGGACAGCAGCAGCAAGGGGGAGGAGGGAUGCAAGGGGUGAGUAGAACCACGGGCGAAGGGGGAGCAGAGGGCGCACCCACAGCGGGAGGGGGAGGCGGAGGCGGAGGCGGAGGGGGAGGGGGAGGGGGAGGGGGAGAUGUUGCCAAUGGGGUGGGGAACGGAAGGGACGGGGCAGAAUCAGGGGGUGGGAUGGGCGGUAUGGGGACUGCUGAAGGUGGUGCUGCUGCUGCUACUGGUGGGGGUGGUGGUGGUGAUGGUGGUGGAGGAGGAUUUGGGGGCGGAGGCGGGCCGGCGCACAUGCUAAAUCAGGCAAACGUUCCAAAUCAGGCAAAUGCUCCAAAUCAGGGGCAUAUGCAGCAACAGCAAGGGAUGGGGGGUCAAUCAGGAGGAGGGAUGGGGGGAGGGGGAGGGAUGGGGGGAGGGAUGGGGGGAGUGGGGAUGGGCGGGGGAGCAGGAGGGAUGCACGGGGAAGGGGGGAUGAUGAUGGGGGAUGCGUCAGCAGCAGGCAUGGGAGCAGCAAUGGCGCCAUCUCCGCCCAUGAGUCUCGCCAUCCCGCCACCACCCGGCACAACCAGGUACUUCAUAGUGAAGAGCAAUAAUCUGGAAAAUCUGGAGCUGUCAGCACAGAGGGGUAUGUGGGCGACGCACCGCAACAACGAGGGGAAGCUGAACGAGGCGUACGAGUCGUGUGACAGCGUUAUUCUGAUCUUCUCCGUGAAUGAGACGAGGCACUUCCAGGGCUGUGCUCUAAUGAUGUCACGCAUAGGGGCCGUGGUGGGGGGAGGGCCGUGGAAGUAUGCUCAGAGGAUGGGCAGCUAUGGUCAAAACUUUCGUAUCCGAUGGCUUAAGCUCUGCGAGCUCUCGUUCAACAAGACACGCCACCUGCGCAACCAGUACAACGACAACCAGCCCGUGAAGAUCAGCCGGGACUGCCAGGAGGUGGAGCCAUCAGCAGGCGAGCAGCUGACUGCACUGCUGUACCGCGAGCCAGACGCUCCUUUGCUGGCCACGGCACGGGAAGCAGAGAAGAAGAGACUGAUGGAGCAGCAAGCUCAGGCGCAGGGGCGGGGGGGCAUGGGCGGAGGGAUGGGCGGAGGGAUGGGGGCAGGGAUGGGCGGAGGGAUGGGCGGAGGGAUGGGCGGAGGGAUGGGUGGGAUGGGCGGAAUGGGCAUGCACAUGGGCAUGGGAAUGGGAGGAAUGGGGAUGGGGGAUAUGGGGGGUAUGGGUGGAAUGGGGGGUAUGGGCGGUAUGGGUAUGGGCAUGAAUAUGGGUGGUGGGGCUGUUGGCACACGUCAGGCAGGGAACAAACGAGCGAGCCAGAAGAAAGAAGAGGAGGAGGAAGAGGAGGAUUCAGAUGAUGACGACGAUGAUGAGGAUGAUUCUGAUGAUGAAGAUGAUGAUUCUGAUGAGGAUGAUGAGGAGAGCGAAGAGGAAAAGGAGGAGAAAGGAGGGAAGAGGAGUGCUUCUGGUGGCCGAGGUGCAACCUCGGGCGGAGGUUCGGGGCGAGGUUCGGCUAGAGCAGGUCCAAAUGACCAGCGUCGGAGCUUUGGCUCAGGCCAAAGCAGCGGAGGAGUGGGAGGUGAUGGUGAGAGGGGGAUAGGAGUGAGAAAGAGGGUUAUGGAUGGAGAGGCGGAGGGAAGGGGAGGGGUGGAAGGGGAGAGGAGAGCAGGAGGGAGGAGUGAGAAGGGGAGUGUGGCAGAGAGAAGGGAUCCGAGAAUGAGAAGGGGGUAG